CCUUGGAGAAGGAGACUUUCGUAUUUGCUGCUCCAUGCGGAGAGGUGUGGAACGUCUAGGCAACGUGGUCUCCCCGCCCGCGGGUAGGCAAAGGCGUUUGCGCUUCCCAGCGUCUGAGGCCUAGCGAGCCUUCAGUAGCUGAAAGUUAGUCUUUUGCAGUGGAGUAAGGGCUCGCGGUUAGCCGCGUAGCGCCCGGAUCUGGCCUCACCAUGUUGGUCCUAUUUGAAACGUCCGUUGGCUACGCCAUCUUUAAGGUUCUGAAUGAGAAGAAACUUCAAGAGGUUGAUAGUUUGUGGAAAGAAUUUGAAACUCCAGAGAAAGCAAAUAAAAUAGUAAAGCUAAAACAUUUUGAGAAAUUUCAGGAUACAGCAGAAGCAUUAGCAGCGUUCACAGCUCUGAUGGAAGGCAAGAUCAAUAAGCAGCUGAAGAAAGUUUUGAAGAAAAUAGUCAAAGAAGCCCAUGAACCUCUGGCUGUAGCUGAUGCUAAGCUAGGAGGGGUCAUAAAGGAAAAAUUGAAUCUCAGCUGUAUCCAUAGUCCUGUUGUUAAUGAACUUAUGAGAGGAAUACGAUCACAAAUGGAUGGCUUGAUUCCUGGGGUAGAACCACGGGAGAUGGCAGCCAUGUGUCUUGGACUGGCCCACAGCCUAUCUCGAUACAGAUUGAAAUUCAGUGCUGAUAAAGUAGACACAAUGAUCGUUCAGGCAAUUUCCUUGUUAGAUGACUUGGAUAAAGAACUAAACAACUACAUUAUGCGGUGUAGGGAAUGGUAUGGAUGGCAUUUUCCUGAGUUAGGGAAAAUUAUUUCAGAUAAUUUGACAUACUGCAAGUGUUUACAGAAAGUUGGGGACAGGAAGAACUAUGCAUCUGCCACUCUUUCUGAAUUUCUGUCAGAGGAAGUAGAAGCUGAAGUGAAAGCAGCUGCAGAGAUCUCUAUGGGAACAGAGGUUUCUGAAGAAGAUAUUUGCAACAUUCUACAUCUGUGUACUCAGGUCAUUGAAAUUUCUGAAUAUAGAACUCAGCUGUAUGAAUAUCUGCAAAACCGAAUGAUGGCCAUUGCACCCAAUGUUACAGUCAUGGUUGGGGAGUUGGUUGGAGCGCGGCUUAUUGCUCACGCAGGUUCUCUUUUGAAUUUGGCCAAGCAUGCAGCUUCUACAGUUCAGAUUCUGGGAGCAGAAAAGGCACUUUUCAGGGCCCUCAAAUCUAGACGAGACACACCUAAAUAUGGGCUUAUUUAUCAUGCUUCUCUUGUAGGCCAGACGAGUCCCAAACACAAAGGAAAAAUUUCACGAAUGCUGGCGGCCAAAACUGUGUUGGCUAUCAGAUACGACGCCUUUGGUGAAGAUUCCAGCUCUGCAAUGGGAGCUGAGAACAGAGCCAAAUUAGAGGCCAGAUUGAGGAUUUUGGAGGACAGAGGGAUAAGAAAAAUAAGUGGAACGGGAAAGGCAUUAGCAAAAGCAGAAAAGUAUGAACACAAAAGUGAAGUGAAGACUUACGAUCCCUCUGGUGACUCCACACUUCCAACUUGUUCUAAAAAACGCAAAAUAGAAGAGGUAGAUAAAGAGGAUGAAAUUACUGAAAAGAAAGCAAAAAAAGCCAAGAUUAAAAUUAAAGCUGAAGUAGAGGAGGAGAUGGAGGAGGCGGAGGAAGAACAGGUAGUAGAAGAGGAGCCGACUGUAAAGAAGAAAAAGAAGAAGGAUAAAAAGAAACACAUAAAGGAAGAGCCACUUUCCGAGGAGGAGCCAUGCACCAGCACAGCAGUUCCUAGUCCAGAGAAAAAGAAGAAAAAGAAAAAAAAGAAAGAUGCUGAAGACUAAUGUAAAGGAACCGUAAUCCUGUCACCUGAACACAUCAUGCUUAAGAUUCAGUUGGGAGCAUAUCAGACGCUCUAACAUAAUCAAGGGAGGUUGAUUAGCUUAGCUUUUCAAACCUUUUUGUGUCUUGACAUCAACUGUUAACCUUAGAGUCUUUGAUACACAAAUAAAAAUAUUUUCUUUGUAUUAUAAGGCAGUUUUGUGAUCUAUUUAUAUUUUAGCAAGAGAAUCUUUAACCCCUUCUAUGUUUGACUUAGCAUUAAAUAGGUAUCAUUAUUGUUAAAAAAUGAGUUGCCAGUGAUUAGAAGUUUCAGAGUUUUAAAUGGCUUUUUGGAAGGCGGUGAUUAGACAGACCAUUUAAGAUCUUAUGUGUUACCUUGUCUUCUAAAGUGUUAAAACUGAGAACAUUCUGCUAUCUGCUUCAGAAAGGAAGAAAGUGGUUGUAAUUUUUAUCAUCCACUACUUUUGAUGUGCAAUUUUAGUGUAGCCAAGAAUAACAUUGAAUUUCUGAUGCUCCUGUUUUCCUCCCUGGUGACAGGAUUACAGACUUGUGUCAGUGAUUUUAUGAGGUGCUGGAGAGCCGGUCAACAGUUCACUCGUGCUUGACAAGUGCUUUACCAACUAAGCUACAUUCCCCAGUCCAAGUUUUCUAUUCUUAAAGAUUAUGAUGAAAUGUUUUAUAGUUUAGACUGCUAUGUUUGUGCUGGGGAUGGAACCCAGAGCCUUACUUCUUAACUUGGGUCCCUGGUAGGGUCUGUCCUGUAUGUCUCUUGUUUUUCUUACAUGUUGUAUGUGUGUACUAAUUGCAUGCCUUUGUCCUGGAGGUCAAAAGAGUCUGUUGGAUAACCUGGAGCUGGAAUUAUAGGUGGUUGUGAGCCAGUAUAUCACCCGAGGUCCACUGUAAUAAAAUCAACCCACGCUGA